CCACCAUCGCUCCCCACCUCACCUCACCUCUCUCCCAUCCUCGACGAGAACCCGCACCCAACCCCCCACAAUGUCGCGUUUCGUCUCCGCAGGCACAGACGAAGCCCCCACACCCCGCGACGAAGCAUGGCAAAAAGCGCAAGCCGAAAUCGAAGCAAAACGCCAACAAUCCACCCCCUCCUCCGCUCCCCAAGGAAGUGAGAAGUCGCUGUACGAAACGUUGCAGGCUAAUAAAGAAUUUGGGUGAUUGUAGCCGCGAAACAAGAGGCUUUUGAAGAGGCUGCUCGGCUUCGGAAUCAGUUCCGCUCGCUGGAUGAGGAUGAGGUGGAGUUUUUGGAUGGGGUGCUGGAGGGGGAGAGGGAGAGGGAGAGGAGGUUGAGGGAGGCGGAACGUAAGGAGUUGGAGGCUUUUCGCCGCAGUCAGGAGAGUGAGGUUGCUGUUGUGGCUAAAGAGGG